AUGUACAGAGAUGCUCCAUCCAAGGGCAUCUAUGCACCUGCUCCUAGCACCUCUGGCCAGGAGCUGCUCCUGGAAAACAAGAUCUUGGUGAAGCAAUCACCCAGGCUUGAGGUGUACAACAAUGAGGUCAACCUUAGCUGCAAGUAUACCUACAACCUCUUCUCAAAGGAGUUCCGGGCAUCCCUUUAUAAGGGUGUGGAUAGUGCUGUGGAAGUCUGCGUUGUGAAUGGGAAUUUCUCCCAUCAGCUUCAGUUUUACUCACACACAGGAUUCAACUGUGAUGGGAAAUUGGGCAACGAAACAGUGACUUUCUAUCUCCGGAAUUUGUAUGUUAACCAAACAGAUAUUUACUUCUGCAAAAUUGAGGUUAUGUAUCCUCCUCCUUACCUAGACAAUGAGAAGAGCAAUGGAACUGUUAUCCAUGUGAAAGAGAAGAAUAAUUGUCCUGAUGUCCAAUCGCCUGAGUCUCCUAAGCCCUUUUGGACACUGGUGGUGCUUAGCGGAGUCCUGGGUAUCUAUAGCUUGCUAUCAACAAUGCUCCUUUGUUAUUUAUGGACGAAGCGUCAAAGAACCAGGCUUCUUCAGAGUGACUAUAUGAACAUGACUCCCCGGAGGCCAGGGCCCACCCGCAAACACUACCAGCCCUACGCUCCAGCACGAGACUUUGCAGCCUACCGCCCCUGACAAGGACGCCUAUCCAGAAGCCAGCCGGCUGGCACCCCUCCACUCACACAACAUCAAUGCUCUGGAUAGGAAAGGACUGAUUUAUCAUCAGCCGGCUGUCUCAAGCCCCUGUUGGGCCACCAAUACCAAUUUUUAUUGAGAUUGUGGAUGAAAUAUCAAGAUCAUUUUGAGACUCAGUUAAAAAAAUAUCCUUUGGCAGGCUAAGUCUUGCAGGGCCAUGACCCACAUUCAAACUUAUCAUGUAUUUAUUGACUUGGUUGAAGAGUUAGAGUAGAAAAUGAAAAGUGAGUGGAUUCUGUUAGCUUUUGGAAUCUGCUUCCAGGCUGCUGGGCUGAGCCCGCUUCUCUUCUCAAUCCCCUGCACAUCUCAGUCAAGCAAAGUGUGAUAUCCAGGGCUAUUUUAAGUGGAGAAGAAAGGCUAGAAAACAUUCCCUUUUAAAGGGUGUUUAGCCCUGCACAGAACUCAACUCAAAGUAGAUCAAAGACUUAGGUAUUAGA